AAGAAAAGUCUGCUUAAGGUGAUAUGUAACCAUCUAGGGAGAUAAGGUGAACAUCGGGAGGGGGCAUCAUCAGAGAUCUUUGAAAUAGACAAUGUGAUGAAAAUAGUAGUCAGUGUUUGUUACCAGCACUGUUCAGGAGUUUAGCUGAUCAGGAGCCUGUUCCUGUGUCUUCACUGAUAAAGAAAAUGGGAGGUUUUUAAAGAAAGAGUGGUUUAUUGUAUGUAGCAGAGAUCUGUUGGACAAAUUGGUGUUAAGCAACCAGAGGUAAGCUCUGUUGGUAGAAAGUAGGGGAAGAAAGAGCUCAAGUGUGACUUGCUGCUGUGUGGGUGGAGUAAUGAAUUCCAGGAUGUCUUUGAGUGUCUCCCCUUCAAAAUAAAAGAGAGAGUGCGUGCACCUGAGGAGACUUUGGAGCGGGAGUCACAAGAGCUGGAAACUCUUCUUAGCUCAGCCAUCGACUUGGAGAUUGCUCCCUUCCAUCCUUCAGGUUGGUAGAGACAUUGAAACUCUAUCCUGCUGUAAAUCUCAAAGGGUACUUUCAACCUCCUGGGGAGACCUUCACCAUCGUAUGUCACGGAUUCACCUUGAAUAAUCUCAACAAUCAGUUACCAACACUUGCUCUGGAUUGAUAAGCUGAGAAUGAGACUUUGGGUCUUGGCACUUCUAACAAUUCUUGUACAUUUCACAGCAGCUAAAUUUAGCAAAUCAUCCUGGGGCCUGGAAGAUGAGGCUUUAAUUGUGAGAUGUCCUAGGCAAGGAAAGUCUCGAUACCCUGUGGAUUGGUAUUACCUGAAAACCGACGAAAGUAUAACCACCCAGAAAAGAAAUCGUGUGUUGGCUGCCAGGGAACGGCUUAAGUUCCUCCCUGCCAAAGUCAAUGAUUCUGGAAUUUAUACUUGCAUUAUCAGAAGUCCGACCUCCAACAAGACUGGGUAUGUAAAUGUCACCAUCUAUAGAAAACAACCAGAUUGCAAUGUUCCAGAUCAUCUGAUUUAUUCAACAACAUCAGGAUCAGAAAAAAAUUCCAAAAUACAUUGUCCUACAAUUGAUCUCUACAACUGGACAGCACCUGUUGAGUGGUUUAAGAAUUGUAAAGCUCUUCACGGACCAAGGUAUCACAUACACAAGACCUAUGUGCUGAUUGACAAUGCAACUAGCAAGGACACAGGUGAUUAUACAUGCAAAUUUAUGCACAAUGAAAAUGGAGUCAGUUAUGGCGUCACAACAACCAGAUCAUUCAUUGUGAAAGAGGAAGAAAGCGUUUCUUGGUUUCCAGUAAUUAUAGCCCCUCCACAAAAUGAAACAAAAGAAGUGGAAAUUGGAAAACCAGCAAGCAUACUCUGCUCUGCUUGCUUUGGGAAAGGAUCUCAGUUCAUGGCUGGCGUCCGAUGGAAGGUGAACAGAACCACAGUUCAGAACUUUGGUGAAGCAAGAAUUCAAGAGGAACAGGAGCAAAAUCAAAGUUCUAGCAAUGAGCUGACUUGUCAGAACACGACUUUGAGAAUAGAUGAUGUGAGAGAGGAGGACCUGUCGCUGCGGUAUGACUGUCUGGCUCAAAGUCUGCAUGGCUGGAUACGGCACACCGUGAGACUAAAGAGGAAAAGGCCAAAUGACAAGCAAAGCACCUACUAUAUCCUGGCAGGAUUUAGCACCUUGUUAAUGCUAAUCAAUGUCAUGGCCAUAAUGCUGAAACUGUUCUGGAUUGAGGUUAAUCUGCUCUGGAGAGACCUAGCUAGACCUUACAAAUCAAGGAAUGAUGGAAAGAUCUACGAUGCUUAUGUUAUCUAUCCGCGGAACUAUAAAAAUAGUCCCGAGAGGGCCAAUGCCGUGGGCCACUUCGUUCACCAGAUUCUGCCUGAAGUUCUUGAAAAUAAAUGUGGCUAUAACUUAUGCAUUUAUGGGAGAGAUCUGCUACCGGGAGAAGAUGCAGCCACUGCCGUGGAGAACAACAUACGAAAGAGCCGGCGGCAUAUUUUUAUCCUGACUCCUGAUCUGGUCCACAGCAGGGAGUUUGCAUACGAGCAGGAGAUCGCCCUACACAGCGCCCUCAUCCAGAAUGACUCCAAGGUGAUCCUGAUAGAAAUGGAGGCUCUGAGCAAGCCCGGUGGACUGCAGUUUGAGGAGCUUCAGGAGUCCCUCCGGCACCUCGUGGAAGUGCAGGGUACCAUCAAGUGGAGGCAAGACCACAUGGCUGACAAACGGUCUCUGAAUUCCAAAUUCUGGAAGCACGUCAGGUACCGCAUGCCUGUGCCCAACCGACCCCCAGGGAAGACACCCAGUUUGGCUUCCCUGAGUGCCCAGGAGCAAUAGUGCUGGCUUUGGUGUGCUAGUAAGGCACCCAGCUUCCACUGACCUGAACUCCUCCUCCUGGAUGACCACACUGGACCAGACACUGGAGCAGGGGCAGGAGGAGUGGUGAUGUCUAGAGGAGGCUGGUCUCUGAUUUCAUCUACCAACUUGACUCCCAUUUUCCUGAUUCUGGGGGGAUGCAAAACACCCAGAAAUUUCUUUUCUCGACCCCUCUCUCUUCAGCCCACUUUUCCUGCCUUUUCUUCCUUUACUGAUCUUUCUUCAUGUGGCCUAGUAUUUUUUCAUUAUGCUUUUUUCCCUCUUUCUCUCUCUUUCCUGUUCUCCUUCUCCUUAUUCCUUGUCAAUACUCCACACGUUAAACUUCAAGCUGGACGUGUUAGAGCUAAAUGUUCAUGCAACCUUGAAGAACACUCAGAUUUCCACAAGCAGAACAGUAACAGUCCUUCUUAUUCCCAACCAGACCAGAAUUUAUUCUAUUUUAUUUGACUGGAUGCUGGGUUUUUUCAUUUCGAUGUUGUCGAUGUUAUUGGAGAGGCUUACCUGGUUGCCAUUAUAAUCAAAUUUUUGCUGCUCUAAAAUUUCUUUCAGAGAUUUUCAUUCUCUUUAGAAAUAUUUUUUUCAGGUUCCUGGGUGGUUCACUUGGUUGAACAUCUGUCUUCGGCUCAGGUCAUGAUCCCAGGGUCCUGGGAUCGAGUCCUGCAUGGGGCUCUCUGCUCAGCUGGGAGUCUGCUUCUCCCUCUCUCUCUGUGAUCUCUCUCACUUUCACUCUCUCUGUCAAAUAAAUGAAUAACAUCUUUAAAAAAGAGAGAGAGAGAAAUUUUUUUCUCCCUCUAAAAGUUACAGAAGAACAGAAAAUAUGAAAGAGGAAAAGAGCAAAAAUUAUCCAUAAAUCCAUUAUCCUAAGAUAAUGACUCUUAAACAUUGUGGUAAAUUUGUUUUCGAAAAAAAUUUGAAUUUGUGCUGAAACAUACCAUUUAUGUAGUGAGAUCAUACAGUGUGUAGUUUUUUUGUUUUAAGAUUAUUUAUUUAUUUAUUUGACAGACAGAGAUCACAAGUAGGUGGAGAGGCAGGCAGAGAGAAAGGAAGGGAAGCAGGCUCCCUGCUGAGCAGAGACCUGAUGUGGGGCUUGAUCCCAGGACCCUGGGAUCAUGACCUGAGCCGAAGGCAAAGGCUUUAACCCACUGAGCCACCCAGGUGCCUCCAGUGUGUAGUUUUUAUAUUUUUUCCUAUUUUACAUCAUGAGAAAAACAUUUUAACAUGUCACUUAAAUUUUAAUAUUUUAAAUAUUAAUAGAAUUCUAUUUCAUGGUUGUGCCACAGCUGAUGUACCUCUUAUUUAUUGUUGUAUAUUUGAGUUGUGUUGAAUGAAACAGCCAUAAUAAUAAGUAAUUCUGCAAUGGCCAUGUCAGUAUAUCUUAUAUUUCCCAGUUAUGAUCUUUUUUUAAUUUAAGAAAUUGGUUUGUUGCAACAUUUCUAUGAAAUCUGUAGGGCAUUUUGGCAAAACCAUUUAGCAAAAGUGAAGGUAAGAAUACCACUGCCAUUAAUUCCCUAAAGGAGUUCACAUGCCCUCAGUGCCAGCAGUGUCUUCUCAGGCUGGGAGUCUUGUGAGAGCUCAGAUUUCACAAGUGGGUGGAGAUCUUAGCCUUAGCUGAGCUUUUUUUUUUUUUUUUUAAAUAAAGAAACAGAUUUAUUUUUUAAAAAAAUAUUUUAUUUAUUUAUUUGACAAAGAGAGAGACAGUGAGAGAGAGACAGAGCAUACAAGCAGGGGGAGUGGCAGGGGGAGAAGCAGGCUUCCCACCAAGCAGGGAGCCAGACGUGAGUUUCGAUCUCAGAACCCUGGGAUCAUGGCUUGAGCUGAACGCAGCUGCCUAACAACUAAGUCACCCAGGUGCCCCCCCACUGAGCUUCUUUAAAAAGUGUAUAUUGGGGGUAUUUUUUAAAAAAGAUUUUAUUUAUUUAUUUGACAGAGAGAGAAAAAGAGAGAGAGCGAGCACAAGGCAGAGGGAGAGGGAGAAACAGGCUCCCAGCUGAGCAGGGAGCCUGAAGUGGGGCUCAAUCCCAGGACCCUGGAAUCAUGACCUGAAUAGAAGGCAGAUACUUAACCAACUGAGCCACCCUUGCCCCUCUGAUUUGGGGCUUAACUGCAAAAGAAAACUGCACGCCAGCCCCUCGACAGGGAGUGUAAUUUUGAACUGUCAUUCAAUGCCUGAGAAGAAAUUGUAUUUCUGGAAGAUUGCCUAAAGGAUCUGGAGUUACCCAUCCCUUUAUAUACCAUAUAACCUGAAUCUAUACUCCCUGGAUUAAGGUUGCCAGAUAAAACACAAGACAUUAGUUGAAUUCAAAGAAUGAAAUUUCAUCUGAAAUUCACAUUUAGCUGGGACUCUUGCGUUUUUAUUUGCUAAAUCUGGCUGUCCUACUCUGGUUAGUUAUUGUGCUUUUAUAUGGUGAUAUUUGAUUUUACGGAACUAAAACAUCUAGUCUGUGGGAAGGAUGCCGUCUAGUUGACUGGUUAAAUCACUUAAUAUGGAAUCAACAAGCCAUCCUCUGCUAUCAGCCGGCUUUGUGACUAUGAGUAAUACCAUCAGGAAGAGAUGUGCCUUUCAUCUUGCUUCCCCACUGACCAAGACUGACAGAACUGUUUUUGAUAUGUGGACAUAAAUAAUUUUACAACUGAAAAAAAAAUAAUUUUACAACUGAUUUUAUUUUCCUCUUCAGUUAGCUACUUGGACACACAGAGCCCAACUUGGCCUCUUUCUACAGCAAGUACAUAGAAUAUAACAAGCAAGUUAUAAUAAUCUCUUCCUUGUUUUUUUAAUGUUUUAUUUUUGAAUGUAUUUUAACUGUCUAUAUUGUAAGCUGCUUUGUAAUUUAACACUUACAUUUUUCUGAAUGUGCGCUGAGUAUCUCUUUGACAGGGGCAGGGAGAGGAAAGGCUGUGGAGGCGUACGCAGGGUCAUUGGGCUUGCUCCUUAUUAACCUUAUGGGGUUUGAAUCCAUUGAGGAAGCCCAGAGGGAUGAGGGAAAGACUUCACAGAACCCAGAGAGGGCUGGCUCCAGGGCAAACUCUGACGUCGCUGAGCUCUUUCUUCCCAAACCUACACACCACCUCCCAAGUCACCUGAGCUUCAGUUUCUGCAACUAAAUCAUGGGAGGAUGGAGGAGAAGAGCUCGGAGGGCUUUCUCAGCUCCAAGAGGCUGAUUCCAAGCGCAUGCUCACAGAGCAGCUGCAGAACCGCCAGAAGUCUGGCUUCUCAGGCCAGCACACCACCAAACUCUCCUGGUUUCUUCCUCUGUGUGGUGACAGUAACAGAUGCUUCGCCUACCACACAAGGUAAUGUGAAUGGAAUGAAUUCAGCCAAAACCAGUGGGGUGUCUACUAUAGGAUCCUAAUAAAAAUUCUGGUGAAUUAUAAAAACACAACAAAUUUCCCUUUCUCAGAUCAAAUUUCCAUGUGAUAAAAUGCAGAUUGAUGAGUCUUGACAAUCACACAUACCUAUGUAGUUGCCAUCUCAAAUCAGGUAGAAAUAUUUCCAUCAGGGGCACCUGGGUGGCUCAAUCAGUUAAGCGUCUGAGUCUAGAUUUUGGCUCAGGCCAUGAUCUCCUGGGUCAUGAGAUCAGGCCCCAAUGUCAGGCUCCUCAGUCAGUGGGGAGUCUGCUUGAGAUUUGCCCCCCCCCCACCCCUGCCCCGACUUGUAUCCUUUCUUUUUCUCUCUCUUUCAAAUAGAGGGAUAAAUAAUAACUCUUUUUAAAAAGAAGUAUUUCUAUCACCUCCCAGGGAAGUUCCAUCCUGCCAUUUUCCAGGCAAUCCCUCUCCUUCCUUGGAGGCAAACAAUGCUCCAAUUUCUAUCUCCAUGGAUUAGUUUUGUCAGAUCUUAAAAUUUCUAUCAAUAAAGUCAGAUGGACAGCUCUGGGACUCCCUGCUUCCACACAACGUAAAAUUUUGGAAAUGUAUCCGUGGUUUGCAUGUGUCCAUACUUCUUUCCUCUGAGUUGUAUUCCGUUGUGUGGCUGGACACAGUUUAACCUCUCCCUUGGUGAUGGAUGUAUGGGUUGUUUCACGUGGUACCUCUCAUGACUAUGGAGACUGUGGACAUUCUUGGAGACAUGUGUUCUUACUUCUCUUGGCUCAAUACCAAGGAGUGGUCUCUUUUAGAAAACUGUCAAACUGACAAACUAAUUGUACCACUGUACGUUUCCUCCAGUUAAGUAUGAGACCGUUCUUGUUCUCCCUCCUCACUGAUGACUGGGACUGUCAGGUUUCUUUGAAUUUUAGUUAUUUCAGUAAGUGUUAAAAGAAUCUUAUUGUGGUUUUAAUUUGCAGUUGUCUGACGAUUAAUGAUGUUGAACUUUUUCAUGCUCUUAUUCACCAGGAAGAUUCAUGUAUCACUCAGUGAAAGUAGAAUCUUCUAUACAUUUAAAGAUUGUGUUGCAUCUCUUCAUGUUGUUGAUGUGUGAACAUUUUUUAUAUAUUCUGGAUAUGGAUUCCUUUUCAGAUAGGUAUAAGGUGAAAAUUUUCCCAGGUUUACCUUCUUACCUCUUCAUUUUUUAAUGGUAUCAUUGAUUAGCAGACAUUUUCAAUUUGGUAACAAUCAAUUGGUCCUUUUUUUAAAAGAUUUUGUUUAUUUCUUUGACAGAGACAGGGACAGCAAGAGAGGGAAUACAAGCAAGGGGAGUGGGAGAGGGAGAAGCAGGCUUCACACGGAGCGGGAAGCCUGAUGUGGGGAUCCCAGGAUCAUGACCUGAGCCGAAGGCAGAUGCCCAACGACUGAGCCAUCCAGGUGCCCCACAAUUGGUCAAUUUUUCUUAUAUGCUUAGUGUUUUCUGUGUUUUAGCUAAGUGUUGUUUUGUUUGUUUGGUUGUUUUAACCUCGAGGUCUGGAGAUAUUUCUUCAUGUAUCUUUAUGAAAUAUUCCAGUUUCCAGCUUUUCUAUUUAAGUCUAUGGUCUACUGUGAGUUGAUAUUCGCAUACAGAAUGAGGUAAGGGUCAACGUUCAUUUUUUUUUUUUUCCCCUAUAGAGAUGCCCAAUUGUUUCAGCAACACUUGUGGAAGACUUUUCUUUCUCUAUUGAACUGACAUGGUGCUCUGGUCAAAAAUCAUUAGGCUGUAUAUGUGUGGGUCUAUUAUUCUACUUUCUAUUAAUUUUCAUUUAUAUGCUCAUGCAAAUAUCACACCGCCAAGAUUAGUAUUUCCUUAUUGUAAGUCUUCAAGUCAGGGUAAGUUCUCUAACUUUGUUCUUUAUGCCCAACAUUGUUCUGAUUGUUCCAGAUCAUUUGCGUUUUCAUGUAUAUUUUAAAACCAGUUUCUCAAUUCCUUUCAAAAUUCCUCCCGGGAUUUGGAUUGCAUGAAAUAUAGGACUCUAUAACCUAAAGAGUCUUAAAAUAUAUAGACUCUAUGAACUCCACAGUUUGUGCAGAAUAAAUAUCUUAACAAUGAAUCUUCCAAUCCAUGGUAUAUCCCUCCAUUUUUAUGUCUUUCAUGUCUCUUAGCAGUAUUUUGUUGAUUUCGUGGUAGACAUUUUGUACAUAUUUUACGAGAUUUAUACUUUGAUAUUUGAUUUUUUAUGGUAUUGUAAAUGGUAUUUUUAACAAAUUUCAUUUUUCAAAUUUCCAUUACCAGCAUAUAGAAUUAUAAUUGAUUUUUGUAUAUUGAAUUUUUAUUCCACAAUCUUGCUAAACUCAUUUAUGACUUCCAGCAGCUCUUUAGUAAGUUUUGAAGGGCGAGCUACAUAAAAUUAUGCCAUCUAUCAGAAAGAGUAGUUUUAUCUUUUCCUUUGCAAUCCGUGUGCCUUCUAUUUUUAUUUCUUUACUUUUCACAAAAAGACAUCCUUAUCUUGUUCUCCACUUUAUCAGAUUAGGAAUGUUCCUUUUGGUUUUCAGUAUUCCAAGUGUUGUUAAUGAAGGAAAAGCUGUUGAAUUUUGUCAGAUGCUUGUUCUUAUUGCAUUAUUGGGAUAAUUGUAUGAUCUUUCUCUUUUAUUUUGUGAUGAACUAUUUUGACUGAAGAGAAGGGAUGAAAAUCACUAUCUCAUUAAACCCUCUCAUUGUCAGCCAUUCUUCGGUUUUGUUGGAAAGUUCCUACUACAGACCAAUCUAAAAAUUUUGAAACACG